UCUCUUCGUGUUCACUGUGUCAUAUUAACGUCUCUUAUAUAUUUAAUAGACCAAGUUAUAUAUAUAUAUAUAUAUAUAUGUAUAUAUAUAUAUAUUAUAAGAAGGAUACAAUAAAAAUUCAGGUGCGAACAGGCCUGUCAAAGCCGUUCGUAAUAUGUUCGUGACUUAGUUUCGGACAUUAGAGCGAACAAAGAACUUUGAAUAAUUAAUCAAAAUGGAAAUCCGAAUUAGUAAGAUGAUAAGUGGCUGGAUUGCUGUGCUUCUUUGCCUUUUGGCAUGGUUAUAUUCCAGUAAUGGCAGCACUGUCAACAGGGGUUAUAUAUUCACUGCACCAAAACAUCUAUUAGCUGGCGAAGCGGAAACUGUAUGUGUAUCUUUGCAUAAUGUGGAAUUGCCAGCUCAUGUUCUAGUAGAAUUAUUCACUCUAGAAAAUGGCUCCGACGAGGAAAUUCUGGCAACAACGAAUGAGGUCCUGAGGACUGGUAUGGAAGCUUGUAUGGAGUUGAUAGUUCCAAUGACUAAACAUUCGAUAGCGACUCUGAGGGUCAAAAUGAAAUUUAACAAGCAUCCUGAUUACCUAGUGAACGCUCAAAAGGAAGUUUUCAUAGAUCAUGACUCUGUAGUGUCUUUCGUGGAGACAGAUAAGUCUGUUUAUAAACCAGGGCAAACUGUGAACAUUAGAAUUCUUAUGUUGAAACAUGAUUUGAAGCCACAUAGAAAAGCGAUUCCAAAAGUAUGGAUAGAAAAUCCAUCUGAGAUAAGAGUAGCUCAAUGGACAAACGUGAGUACAGAACAUGGAAUGGCUCAAUUGACUUUUGGACUGUCUGCAGAACCGAGUCCGGGCACAUGGAAAAUCAAAGUUGAGAAGAAUAAAGCUUAUCCCCAUCUUGGACACACGGCCACUUUCGAAGUGAAAAAAUAUAUUUUGCCAAGAUUUCAGGUGACGAUAAAGUCCCCAGGAUAUAUUCUUGCAGAUACUGAAAUUGUAACUUGGAAUAUAUGCGCAAAAUACAGCUAUGGAAAACCCGUGAAGGGUACGUUGAUACUAAAAUUGACACCACAGACUGCAAGUUGGAGACGCAAGCAUAAUCAUCCGGAAAUAAAAUAUGGAACCGCAAUCGAUUCACCGGAUGGAUGUACAGAGUUUCGUGCCUCUGGUGAAGAACUUGGUCAUGCAGAUUGGACAGUUGCGCCCAACAAUAUUAUACUCACUGCAAACUUUACAGAAACUGGUACAGGUCUAACUGAAACAGCUAGUAGUAAAACUGUUGUGGUACAUCAGGCAUUGAAACUUGAAUUCAUACCAUAUACAUCAAAAUACUUCAAACUUGGUUUACCAUAUCAUGGAAAGCUAAGAGUCCUCUUCCAAGACGAUACUCCAACUCCAAAUGAAAAAAUUCAACUAUGUCUUAGAGUGAGAGGCAAAGAGGAUUGGAUAAGUGUUGUUGUUGAAUGUCGAAAUUUCACCACCUCCAUUGAUGGUUUCCUAGACUUUAUUGUACCGCCACAACAUAAAAAUAUUGUACUGCUCCAUUUUGCUGCUACUGCUGUUAAUUAUGCUACUAAAUAUUACUCGCCUGAUAAAAGAUGGAGAGUCUUUAUGGAUCAACCAUCAGCAUAUAUUGAAGUGACACCUUGGUACUCACCAUCGGACAGUUAUCUCGCAGUGGCACGAGGAUCUCAGCCAAUAAUUUGUGGAGAAAAAUAUUCUUUUAACGUCAUGUAUACAAUUCCAUCAAAUCACGAUGCAAACAUAUCAAUUCCUUUUCAUUAUUCGAUCAAUUCCAAAGGAGAUUUACUGAUCUUUGGUCAUGUCAAACACAAACCACACAAAAAUUCUGCUUUGAAUUAUUCAGAAUUUCAUAACUUAUUGGGGGCAGUUGAAUCAUCAGCCAAUAAAACAGAUCAGAGUUAUAUCGUGCACAGAUUUCCAUUGAGCGUUAAAGUGACACCGAGUAUGGCGCCAAUUUCUGAAUUACUUCUGUAUUAUGUACGCCCUGAUGGAGAAACCGUCGCUACAACUUAUACAAUUGAAGUAGGAAAUUGUUUUGAAAAUAAAGUCAAGACUGCCUGGCAUGAUGACGUACAAAAUCCAGGAGCAUCCACACAAUUUCAUAUAGAAGCAGCACCCUGGUCGCUUUGUGGAAUUUCUGCUGUAGAUAAAUCCACUCGCUUCUUGGCUGGUCAUGCUUCAAAUUUAAUCAACACUGAUCAAACAUUUAAUAAACUCAAGAAAUUUGAUGUUAACAAUGUCCCUGCAUUACGUUCCUGGGCACAUUGCGAAGGACCUAUUGAACCUGAAACAAGUGCUGAAGAAAUUGAUCAUUUACCAAGACCAGCAGUGGAAGAACCUCCAGAAUGGGAUCUGCGAAAAAAAAGACACGCACUAAAUAUACUUGGACAAAUAAAUUAUGUGGAUGCUAUGCAAGCCUUUAACGAUUUUGGCGUAAUUGUAAUGACCGAUCUGACCCUUGAAACGCGACCUUGUCCGGAACUAUCAUACUUCAGAAGAUUAUUCAGCCAACACGUUAUAAAGAUGCAUCGCAGUUCUACUUUACAAGAUAAGAUGAUGAUUAAACCACUAGCUUUUCCAUUGUUAAACUUUCAAGAUCAAACUAUGAGCAAUACAGGAAUGGCUUAUGUUGACCAGCAACCUGAUCAGGCAACCACAUUAAGAUCAUACUUCCCAGAAACAUGGUUAUGGGAAUUAAUACCUACAGGAAAGGAAGGCAAAGUAACAAUAGAACGUACGUUGCCACAUACUAUUACGGAUUGGAUAGGACAUACUGUAUGCAUAAGUCCUAAGCAUGGACUUGGUAUCGCCCCACCUGCAACAAUCACAGCCUUUCAAUCAUUCUUCCUGGACUAUAGUUUACCAUACAGUGUAAAGAGGGGCGAAAUAUUACGUUUGAAAGUCUCUCUCUUCAAUUACAUGCAGCAUAGUUUACCUGUGAAGAUUAAGUUUGGAAAUGCUGAAGGACUGGAUUUGUACAUUUCAUCUCCUACAGCAUCAUACUGCGUUGAGCCCAGGGCCAGUAUAGUCCAUGAAUAUAUGCUAAAACCACGACUCUUAGGUGAAAUAAAUAUAACAGUGUCAGCUGCUAUUGAUCCAGACUAUGCAAAACCUUGUGGUCCUGAGAUCUUGAUUCAUACUAAAGAUACAAUCAUCAAGCCUAUCAUGGUACAACCAGAAGGUUUUGUUGUACAAGUAACAAAAUCAGCAUUUGUAUGCCCUAAGGAUUUUAGUGAUGAUUCAACGAUUGCCUGGAAUUUAGAAUUACCUAGUGAACUUGUUCCUGAUAGCGCUAGAGCAUAUGUGUCUUUGAUAGGAGACAUCUUAGGGCCGGCGUUUGAAAAUUUGGAGAAUUUGGUGCGACUCCCUAUGGGUUGCGGUGAACAGAAUAUGAUACUUUUUGUACCUAAUAUUCAUGUUAUAAGAUAUCUAGAGGCUACACAGAUGCAAAAUCCUAUAUUGCGAGCUAAGGCCAUUAAAAACAUGGAAAAAGGAUAUCAACGGGAAUUAAACUAUAGACAUCCGGAUGGUUCUUACUCUGCCUUUGGAGCUGCUAAUACAGAAAGUGGUGGAUCAAUAUGGCUGACAGCAUUCGUAGUAAAAUCAUUCGCACAAGCCCAAUCAUUUAUUCAUAUAGAUGAACGAGAUUUAAAGCUAUCUGUAAAGUGGAUUGUUAGGCGUCAACUUGAAAAUGGAUGUUUCCCUGUAAUCGGCAGAGUGUUCCAUAAGAGUAUGAAGGGUGGUCUUAAAGAUAGCUCAUCAUCUUUAACUGCUUAUAUUUUAAUCUCGUUACUUGAAUCUGGAGUUCCAUUGUCCUCACUGCUUAUCAACAAUGCUCUAAACUGUCUAGAAAAAGGAAUUGCUCAUAACAAUGACGAUCUUUAUACAGCCACAUUGUCAACAUAUGCUCUCACGCUUUUGGAAGAUCCCAGAGCACAAGCAUCAUUGCAAUCACUAAUGGCUCGAGCAACGCGUCAGCAAGAUUUACUCUGGUGGGAAAAUAAAGAAAAACCAUCAACAGGUUUGAGCAUUGAAAUGACAGCAUAUGCUAUUUUGUCUCUUGUAAAAAUCGGUGGUAAUGAAAAUAUGAUAGAAGCUUUGAAAGCCGUACGCUGGAUAUCUAAACAAAGAAAUGCAGAGGGUGGUUUUACGUCGACCCAGGAUACUGUAUUGGGAUUAGAAGCUCUUACCAAAUACGCUAUUGCUAUGUCCACUAAAUCGACUGAUCUCUCUGUUCUGGUUACUGGAAAUGAAGUAGAUCAUGUAUUCAGAAUGCAAAAUGCAGAUCGUCUUGUCCGCAGACAAAUAUUCUUGCCAGUCUUGCCAACAGUGGUGGAAGUAUUUGCUGAGGGCGAAGGAUGUGUCUUAGUACAGAGUAAUCUGAAGUACAACAUUCCACAUGCAACAGGAUCUGAUGCGUUUGAUUUAUCAGUAUCUGCUGAAUCUAUAGCAUCUGUGGAUGAAUGCUCCAUGCAGAGAAUAACUGCAUGUGCCAGAUAUAAAAUGGCAGAUGAAGAGAGUAACAUGGCUCUACUUGAAAUUGGUAUGAUUAGUGGUUACGUACCAGAUCGUACCAGUCUUCUCUCUCUCAUUGAAGAACCAUCAACCCAGGUGAAACGAUUCGAGGAAGAGCGCGAUGUCAUUAGUAUCUAUUUUGAUAAAUUAAUGGGUCAGAGAACCUGCAUUUCAUUUAUUGUCAGUCGAGAAAAUAUCGUCGACCGUCCAGAACCGGCGAACGUUAAACUCUACGAUUACUAUCAACUAGAACUCUUCGUGACAACCAGUUACAGUUUUUCUCAAGCCUGCAGUAGCGCCGGUGAAGAUGAUAUACAGCCAAUACCAAACCCCAUGCCUGUGGAACCAAAAUUUAAUCACUCUAAUCUGGAGGCCAAUAUAUUUGCGUCAGAAGAUUCAAAAACAACAGAAAGAUUAAUAAAAAAUGUCGGAAAAGAUAGUGCAAAUUCAAAGCACAAACUUGGCAUAUCAAGUACAAACAAACCUGAAAUAAUAGUUAUACCUACAAAUCAAUCUGUUGAACCAGAUGACAAGGUUCUGGAUAUUGUAGAGGAUGUUUUAUCAAGUGGACUGGAACCGAAAAUGAUGAAUGUGCCUUUUAUAAAGAGUUCGAAUAGUUUUAUUCAUCCUGAUGGUUUAGAAAACGGCGAAAUAUCUCGUCAUACCAAUAGAAAUUCUAUUAAGACUGAAGCACCUGAAAUAUUACACGAAUCUGGAAGUGGUGAAGUACCAAACGAGACAAAUAUUAGACUGAACCCACUUUUUGUUGAAGUGGAUCACGAUCUAGAAAUGCCCGAAGGAAUAGAAGGACCCUCAGGGGUAUUCGUAAAACCUUCAGAUGAUUUUAUUAAAGAGCAAAAUAGCAAGUCAGAAGUUUUAAUAAAUGAAGAAAUAUUAUUACCCUUAGAAAAUUCCAAAAAAAUUAUAGAUUAUUCACCAAGUCCAAAGAAAUUUGAAAACUCCGAGGAAGGUAUGAUAGUAGAACCAGAGCACUUUAUAUUUGAUAGGAAUCUAUAUACAACACCCGUUCCAGAAGGCAAACCUUCCUGUCCAAUAUGUGCUGACACGUUACCAGCAGAUAUUCAAAAUGUAUACUGCAACGCAAAGAGUAUCGUGAAAGUGGCCAUAAGAAGAUGGCGUAAAGCUCGGCUAUUAUUAGAUUUAAUGGCACCUGUUCAUCCAAAACGUUUACGUUCUACCAUAGAGUUAAACGUGGAUCCAGAUUGCUCCUGUCCGCCAUUAGAUAAGCCUGGUAGCUUUGGUCUUUUGAUAAGCUUCGAAAAUGGCAAUCUAGCAACUCUCAGAAAUCAUGCUGAACAAAGAAUUGAUAAAUUAAUAUCAAUUUAUGCAUUACCGAAUACACAAGGCCCACCUCCAGAAAUAAUGGCGACUCGUUUAACUUGUAGACAUCCUUCUAAUAACUCUACUUCUGUGUCUGCCUUUAGACAGACGGAUACUCGAGAAUUAAAAAUGACAGCAGCGUAGCUAAGAAAGAAGUACAUGAGGGAAUACUGAACUCUAACGGCAAAACCAUUUUGCAACGGCCAAACGGAGGUCAAAAAAUUAGUAACAUAUUUUGUUAAAGAAAGAGACAAGUGAAUAUUUCAUAUAUCUAUUUUCAUAAUCAGCCACCGUUGCUCGAGUUUAUGACAUGCAUUUAUGUCAAAACCUUAUCAAUAUUUUUAUUUUGACCGUUCAAUAUGCAAAAUGAUGAUAGCGUUCGUUCUUUUUAAUAAUUAUAUAAUCAUGAAAAGGCAUCAAUCCCCUUCAUGACAAAUAUUAUAAUAUUCUCACCGUGCUAAAGAUUUCUAUUGAUUAUAUUUUUUUUGUACGAAUCACAUAUGGGUUGUAAAUAAAAAAAAAAAAUAUGGAGUU